GAUCCGCGUUCUUCGAGCAGUAGGAAUAAAAAAUUUUUUUCUUGAUUUUCAUGAAAAUUCGUGUUGUUUUUGACAUGUCACUUAACACUUCUCCCCUAGUGAUAUUUAUCAGUUGUGCUGUAUUGCCUCUACACAUUACAUGUCAAACUGACGCACCGAACGAUUUCAGAUUCAAUCGAGGAUAUGCUUCUUCAUAUCAGUAUCAAUAUCAAUGGUACCAUGCUGUGACAGAUAAUCCUAGAAAGAGAUAUCAAGAAAGGCCAUUAGCUCGAAAAACUACGAAUUUUUCUCCUUUACCCAAAAACCCAAUAGUACCAAAUCCUGCAUUUGAAUCGACAUCGACAAACAACUUAACUGCAGCAAUACUCGAAAUAUCGAUCAUAGACGACACGGCCUCUAGUUGCUGUGCCAUAGCCGGUUGUCCACUACGUGGUACGCAAAAUUAUUGGAUAGAAAAAAUAACGUGCCACUGUGCCAAAGAUGGAUUUUGCGAUUGGUCGGGUGUGGCUGCAAGUAUAUUAGCCGCCAUGCGCUGCAAGCCGGACGAAGCGUUUAUUCAUGGCGCAUGUCGGCAAAAGGAUUGAACGAACAUGUAUAUUUGUACGUAUUUUUUUUAUUCGUCUUUCAAGACUUUACGUUGUAAAAGCAUGUGUAUGCAAUGUACCAAAAAAAUGAAUGGAUAGUAAAUCAACUUUGUGUUCUUUUAAUUGUUUUAUUAAAAAUAGAGUAGAAACUGUGAAUACGGAAGAAAUGUGGUCAAUAACAUUUGAUUUGGUGCAACUAAACACAAACAAACAGCUAACAUGUACAUUUUUUGGUACCAAAGUAUGGAAUAAAAAUUUUUUUUCAUCACCACAGAAAAUUUUUUUCUUUAUAUUUAAAUCUAGUUGGAUUAUGAUCUGAAAUAUAUAUAGGUGUGUGUCAGGAAAUAAAAUUCCGCUAAUACUUAAAAGAAUGGACAUGUGAAUGGAAGUUUCUUUAUAAUAUACUUUUUGUAUAUCUUGAUCAAAAAAUAAAAAAUCGCUCUUCUUGA